GCAGCUUUUUGCCUUUUCCUUCCUGCCUGGUUCCUGCCUGGUUCCUGCCUUCCUUCCUUCCUCCAGCCCUUAAAGAUGGACCCGCGGUGCCUCUAACAAAAGACCCCGCCAGGCACCCAGCUUUCUCCGCUGCUGCUGCUGCCGCCACUGUCGCCGCUGCUGCUCCUCUUUCAGCUCCUGCUCGCCGGGGUUUGCACGUCUGCCGGGGAAGUGGGGUGCUUGGCGCGUCUGCGUCCCGGGGAUCCCCUUUUGUCUCCGACCGCAGCGCCCCCACCCUCGCCCCCAUGCCUUGCUGAGACGCUGCGAAGCCCACCCGGGGGGGCGGGUGGGGGAAGGACCCCCUUCCGCACUAUGGGCGCCCCCACCUUCCCCCCCGCUCGUGGCUAGGACCUUUCUUGGGCUGAGGAUUGGAUCUCUUUCCCUGCCGGGGGAAAAAAAGUUGAGAGUACCCCAAAAUUUGCCUCUCAAAGCACCUUGGGCUUCCCUUUGCACCGUCUUUAUUCCCCACACCUUGCAGAUCCUGAACCCCUAAACUUUACCUCCAUAGUUAAACGGGCAUCCUUCUUCCAAUCUGUUGCCCCUUUUGCUGUGGGUGUAAAAGGGGUCCUUUUGAUACCUCCAGAUUUGAUCAUAGCUUCCUGAAACCUAACAGGGCUGGUUGCCAAGAUAGCUGCUUUCUCUGCGCCCCUCUUUUUUAUUGGGGCUGCCCCCCCCCUUUUGAUUGUUGAGAAACUUUCCCCAAAGUGCACGGGUGAGUUAAGGCUGUGUGGUUCAGAUGGCAGCUCUUCUUGCAUAGUUACACCAUAUCCUCAUUCGAGGUUUUCCAUCCUGUUGGAAGGGGAUAUUUUUGCAACUUUGGGCCUUUUGGAUCAAAGAACCCCUUCUAAUAUUUUGUGGGGAGCGCCUCCCCACCCCUUCAGCAUUUUCACACCUCACUAGAAAGGCAAUAGACCUCAUUCUCCAAUUUGUGAAGUGCUCUUCCCAAUUUUCUCUUGUUCUAGAGAGUGCCUCCCUUGUGUUUCGGCCUCUAAUUGUAGCUUGUAUUUCCUAACGUGCAGAUAAGAUUCCCCAAUUUUUUAGGCCUCUUGAUAUUUCAGUACGGCCUGGGAUUUACAUCCUUAUCCUGGUUUAUGGUGAGAUAAAAUCUCAGUGCUCUGUUCUCUAUUCACUAUUUUUUCAAAUUAAUAUAAUCCUAGAAACCUUGUUUAAAUGUCUUGUGGUUCCACAAAGCUCACCUAUUAAAAGAAGGAUGUUAUACAACAUUUCUGCUCUUUUCCUAUAGAUCGUUGAGCCUUCACGUCUAUUCUUUAGUCAUUCUCCUCUUUUUUGUUUAAUGUAAGUACAAUAUUCCAAAAUUUUCUGUCGAAAACGCACCUUCUUAGAAACUUCCCUGAUGUCCCCCGCAUCAGAGAGUUGGCUAGAGAACUGAUUUUCAUUGGUUGCUCUGUCACCCCUACUUUCAGCCAGGGUGUAUAUAGUCCCUAAAAAAACAUAUCGCAAAAUAUAAUUUACCCUUUACUGUAAAUUUAAAAUAAUCCAAGAUACCUCUUUUCUUUUUAAGUUUUAUUUAAAACCUUAAGGGGGAAAAAACUACUGUACUCGUAUAAAAACACUCCUUUCCGGAGCACAGAAUUUUGCAUGCAUUUAUUUUGCUUAUGAGAUUUGCCCUAAUAAACCAGGUAUUUUCUGCUGAAUAUUUCCCAAAUCUCCCUUUUGCAAACCACAAUUGAUUUGAAUUCCAGUGGUCUGUUUUGCUCUUCUUCCAGUCUUCUUAUCCAAAAUCAGUGUCUCUUUCACACACCUCUGUCCUAAUUUUCUGAUGGCUUUCCAAGACCCAAACCAGCCACUUCAAGCUCAGCUUUGUAGCAAUGUUUUUGGGGCAUUGACGGGGUUAAUCCAGCCACCUUUAGCUGCUGGGCUAGGUGGGGGCCAGAAAUAUUAUUGCAAUAAUGGGGUACAGAUAGCUCCCCCCCAGCAACAGCAGACCACGCUUGGCAAUGCGAUGAUGGUGGACCCAGAACCAGAUCGACCCAUCGGUUAUGGUGCUUUUGGUGUGGUAUGGUCUGUGACAGAUCCUCGAGAUGGGUCGCGAGUUGCACUCAAAAAGAUGCCCAAUGUUUUCCAGAACUUGGUCUCUUGCAAACGGGUUUUCAGAGAAUUGAGGAUGCUCUGUUACUUCAAGCAUGAUAAUGUCCUCUCAGCACUGGAUAUCCUCCAACCUCCACAGAUUGACUGUUUUGAGGAAAUUUAUGUUAUCACUGAAUUGAUGCAAAGUGACCUUCACAAAGUCAUAGUUUCUCCACAACCGCUCAGUUCCGAUCAUAUCAAGGUCUUUUUGUAUCAGAUCCUCAGGGGGCUAAAAUAUUUGCACUCUGCUGGUGUCCUUCAUCGGGACAUCAAGCCUGGGAAUCUGCUGGUCAACAGCAACUGUGUCCUCAAGAUCUGCGAUUUUGGUUUGGCCCGGGUAGAGGAGCCGGAUGAGUCCCAGCACAUGACUCAAGAGGUGGUUACUCAAUAUUACCGGGCCCCCGAAAUCCUGAUGGGCAGCAGGCAUUAUGGACGUCCAAUUGAUAUUUGGUCCGUGGGCUGCAUUUUCGCCGAACUCCUUGGCAGGCGCAUCCUCUUUCAGUCCCAGAGCCCAAUUCAGCAGUUGGACCUGAUUACGGAUCUCCUAGGGACUCCUCCCGUGGCUGCCCUCCGUUCGGCCUGCGAGGGGGCGCGUGCCCACAUCCUGCGUGGCAGUCACAAGCCGCCAUCGUUGUCUGUCCUUUAUAUGCUCUCUGGAGAAGCAACCCACGAAGCUGUGCAUUUGCUCUGCCGGAUGUUGGUCUUUGAUCCAGCCAAGCGGAUCUCUGCCAAGGAUGCCCUUUCUCAUCCUUACUUAGAUGAGGGGCGACUGAGAUACCACACCUGUAUGUGCACUUGCUGCUUUUCGGUCUCUUCCGGCCGCAUUUAUACCAGUGACUUUGAACCCCGGGCUGACCCCAAAUUUGACGGCUCUUACGAAAAGAACCUCGCUUCUGUCUGGCAGGUCAAAGAACUGGUGCACAGGUUUAUCUUGGAACAGCAGCAUGGGAAACGGGUCCCCCUUUGUAUCAACCCCCAGUCAGCUGCCUUCAAAACUUUCAUCCGCUCCACAGCAUGGCAUUCUUCCAAGGUGUCCAAAAAGGAAGAGAGAUGAAGCUGCUCCUUGGAUGGCCAUGACGGAAAAAGAAAAGAAAGACAGAAGAAGUGGGACGGAAGACACAAGGGGUUGGCAUUGCUGCUGGCAGCGGAGAGAUGAAAAAGAGGCGCUGCUCUUCAUCCUGCACUCUUGAAUUUUUUGACUCAUGGACAGAUGUAUUUGGAAAAGAUGGGGGGGAGGAGAAAUGUCUGGGUCAUUAUUAUAUUACUGAUAUUUGGAAGUGGACAAGUUGGGGAAGGGAAUUUUUUUUUAACUGAUGGAUGUUUUUUCCUUUCCUCCAUUCCUGUACUGCACUGGAAAACUCUGGGUUGUAGGCACUGUCUUUGUGAAUUCUCUCCCUUCUUCCCCCGGGUCUGCACCGAUAUUUUCCCCUCCUUAUACAUAUGGUCUCUUUCCUGAUUUCCUUCGAAAAGGGAUGACCAGGUUGGAAUGAAGAGAAAUUUGUUCUUGAAGUGAGGGGUGUCUGUUCUUUCUGUUUCAAGAAUCUCCCUCUACAUAAAGACUCUGACUGGUGUUUUUCAGCAUUAUCCACUUUAAGAUGUCUGGAUUUCAAUUCCCAGAAUUCCCCAGCUAGCAUGGCUUGCUAUGGAAUUCUGGGAGUUGAAAUCUGGACAUUUUAAAGUGGACAACUGCCUUAGACUAAGGAUAGACGUGUUCCUCCCCCCCACCCCAAAUCCCCUUCCCCUUAAAAGGUUUUCCAAACAGGGAUAGGUGGGAGAAAUAAAUAAGGCUCAAUUUUCUGAAUCUACCACGGGGUUCAGACAUUUCUUGCAACCAGCAAUUGCAUUUUGAAUCCUUGUCUUCGGUCUCCUCCAGGAGCUUCUGAGAAACUUUGUGGCUUCCUUAAACCUGUCUUAUACAGCUGGGGGAAAAAAAACCCCACACAACUUAUUUUGGGAUAAGAUGCUAAAUACUUCUUUGGUGUGUACCUUUGGCCUACCUGCGUUCCAGGUUUCCCUUGUUCCCAGCAUGGACAUCUCCUAAGCGGUUGGAGGCCCUGACGCAUUUCUGCUGUAUUUUCAGAAAGUGCUUCUUUUCUUUAAAAAUAUGUGGUGUUUUCUGAAAAAUUGAGGUUUUAGCCUUGAUGCUGGAUGUGGAAUGCCUAUUAAGUUCUCCCCUGGUCCCUCCACCUUUCCUGCCUGCAGCCAGCUCGAACUCCUUCCUUGAUUCUAUGUAUUCCUCCAUUAAUUUCACCCCCCCUUCAAAAAUCUACCUCUUUUCUCCUAGUGGGUUUCAUGUGUGCAUGUGUUUGGGACACUUGUGUUAUUAAUUUUUAUUUUGUUGGUGGUUGAUGAUUUCUUCACUUGGCUGGUGUUUCAUCUCUUUUUGUCAAUGAUCUGUUAUUAAUUUAUGAUCAGAGCAGUUUAUAUACUAGUUUAAAUCCCGAAUGUGUGUUUAUAUUUCUUCCUUGUGUCUGGAAAAAAACAAAACGCAUGAGGGGGGGAGAAACACACCAAUAACAUAGAACCAAUAACCUGGAAACUUGAACUGUCUUUGGCUGUAAUAAUCCCCCUCCUUAAUUUAAUUGUGCUCCAUAGUAGCUGAAUUAAAUUUAUGCUGUA